GCCGCGCCUGCGCACGCCGGUUAGCUUCACGCUUCUGUCGGCAGGUAGUAAGGAAGUCCCGAGUCCGGACAAUUAGCCGCCCGAAGACACACAAUACCGGAAUAAAACCCGAAUCAGGAUUUAGACCGAGUAUGGAGGCGAAUACACCACUUCAGACGGAAGCCAGGGAUGCUCCUGGACCAGAAGAGAAGGCCAAGAAGGCUGCAGCUGAAGCCAAGGUGGCCAACCAGCUGCCUGAGGUUCGUCUGGUGGUGCUAGGCUGGAGGUGGCCGGGGAAGAGCCUGACUGGAAACACCAUCAUAGGCCGAGAGGAGUUUCGCUUGGAGCGGGCAGCCGAGUUCUGUGUGAAGAGGCAGACGGAGGUGCUGGGGCGGCAGGUGACGGUGGUGGACACUCCCGGCUGGUUCUCAGCCCAGGACACACCACCCUCCUACAAGGAGGAGUUAGUGAGGGGAGCCUCUCUUUGCCCUCCUGGUCCACACGUCUUCCUGCUCGUCAUCCCCAUCGGCAUGUUCACAGAGGUGGAUCGCGCUCGCAUCGAGGAGCACGUGAGCCUCUUUGGUGAGCGUGUGUGGAAGCACACGAUUGUGGUCUUCACCUGGGCGGAGGUGUUGAGGACCAUUUCCAUCGAGAGGUACAUCCGCAGGGAGGGCAAGGAGCUGCAGUCGGUGCUGGAAAAGUGCAAGCGAAGGUACUUUGUCAUUAAUAACUGUAUAUUCGGGGAGCAUCCCCAGGUGGAGCGCUUGCUGGAGAGAGUGGAGAAGAUGGUAGCAGAGGAGGGGGGCUACUACAACCCAGAGGAGGUAGAGAAGGAGAAGAAACCUCUGGAUGAGAACCAGAAUCCAGCUCGAGAGGGACGGGAGCUCGGGGCACGGCCCAAACAGAACUCUGUGCUGAGUUUGUCCAAAACCAUGGAGGUGGAGCUGCUUUCCAGUGAGUGAUGCACAUAUUUUUGCCUUCCAAGAAAGUCAAACUGGAGUCUAAAAAUGUUAUGAGUUUCUUUCUUUUCAUUUUAAGAUAACAGUUACAGACCAUUAACCUCGAAAACAGCACUAAAACGACAGGGAUAUCACCGCAGUUUAGCUGUGAAUUAAACUUGUAAUAAUGUAAAAUGGAGCCCUGUUAAUAUGUUUUAUUGUAGAUUAAAAAAAAACACUCUUGCCUGAUGGACCCUCUCAACCACAAGAAGGAAAAGGGGAAACUGAAAUUUCAGCAAACGUACAAACCAGUAUGAUUUAUUUCUUUUUUUAAUCAGACAUGUUACUGUGUAUCUUUGUUGUGUGCGUUCUUUAUGAUUCUCACUGUGAUGAAACGAGAGGCAUUUGCCACAUAAACACCCCUUUUCUUGUUUCCACGCUGUCCAAAGAUUUAUACUUAACUGUUUAAUUUUGUUCUUAAGUUUCAAAGAUGUUCUUGUUAUAGUAUCUUGAGGGUUGUGUGAUGGGAGGGGUUUAAUUAAAUCCCAAACUAGGAAGCGCAAGCUGUUACACGUAUGGCCGUCAUAAAUUUGAAUCCCAAUGUGUACACUCUUUAUUCUUGACGAAUACCAACGGCAGAACUGCACUACUACAUUGUUACGAAUAUUCUGUUGAUGACCGUCGAGGGAAUUGCUUUUAUUGUAUUUUUUUUCCUUCAGAUUCCCAUUUGUUUUGACCAAACUGUAAAAUGCUUUUCUCGUGCUGCAAUGUUUGUUCUCCUCUGUGUACAAUUAUGAAGCUCGCAGCUGUUAUUGGUUUUGUGUGUUGCCUUAAAGCAGUGAUUGUGUUUCCCUUAAAUGUAUCUGUUACGUUUAUGUCACUGUGGCAGAGGGAUGCGUUACAAGAGCUGCAAUCAUCCGUUUAUUAACCCACAUAAAAUAAAUCUGCAACUUUUAUGAUAAUCUAUUAUUUAGAAUAAAAAGAAAAUUUCAUGUCCAAGUUUCUGAUAGUAAAAAGUAAAUAUCUUUGAGUUUCAAUCGGAAUAAAUGGGCAAUUUCAAGUAAUCUUUAGGGCUUUAGGGGACUGUAAUCUCUGUUGUGAUUACAGGUACAACCAACACACACCUUUCUGACCACACCCACCAGUUAUCCUUGUUGUGGUUGGAGGUGAAAACAAGCUUGAAAAUGUCAACCUUAAAGGACGGCCAAACGCCUUUUAAGGGUACAAGCACUGAAUGUAAACAUGACCUUUGUCUGUUGACAAGAAAACCCCACCAGACACCAUCAAGGUUUGUUAUGGUGAAUUAUUAUUGGAUAUUGGAGUCAGCUGCUCUGGACAGACCCUCAAAUCUCCUCAGGAUGUCUUUUUAUAGGCCGUUGAUGGCUCACUGUACUGACCAGGUAGGGUUAACCCCAUCUGACUGUCACAGUUAAAGGAAACACAGCAAUAACAAUUACGUACUGUAGUUUUAUGACCCGGGUGAAUCUCUCCAGCACCACCUCUGCUCGGAGCAUAAACAGGUGAACACAGUCGUGAACAUACCCCUCUGCUGCAGAUCAGGUCACAUAUACGCAGUUACCAAUGUACCAGUUUAACUCUGUUUUACUAAUUUAAAAUGUAGGUGUGCAUCAGCUACUAGUAGCAUUGAGUAGAGAGUCUGUGAGGUUCAAGGACCCUUUUAUCGUAGGAAUGCUGGAGUAUGUUCCUCAAAGAAGCUGUCAGUCUUUUGCAUGAAUGUGUUUUUACUCAUUGGAGAGUAGAGUAGAGCACAAAUCCAAUGGUGUGCACUCAGAUAUGAAUAUUUCAUAACGUGUGAGCAAGUACAGACGUGUUUGUUGACAUUUAGUGCUGAAAUGUGAAACGGGUAAGACGUCCGCUGGAGACCUCUUGUACACUAGUGCCUAAACUCAGUAUUACUGAUCUAUUCUUUUUCAUUUUAUUCAGCGGUUUGACAGAAACACGUCUUUAACAAAUACUUUAACACUGCUACAGAUGAGGGGUAUAUUGUAUCUGAUUACAUGGAAACAGUUUUGAUAAUUAGCAUGCUUUCAGAUUAACAAGGAAGCACUAAUCCAGAAUGAUUUAAUACAAAAAGAUAUACAAGGGAUGAUUAAGGUCAGGGUAUAGCAGACGUGUACAACAACUGCAACCUAAUAUAACCCGCCUUUUGUAGCAGUGUUUGAAUGGUGAUUGAGUUACUUUCAAAGUACGGUAUGUGAAUCAGGUUACCCUUAAGGAAUUAAUGAGUCAAUUCUGUCGACCUGAGACUUAUCGUCUUAUUAUUAUUAUUAUUAUUAUUGUUAUUUUGUGUCUUAUUGGCCCACACUAUUUGCAGUAGAUUUUCUUCUGAGAAAUGCUCUGUGUGUUUCUUCUCUGAAGCUCAAAUAAAUUUAUAUUUUGAUCUAA